AGUCGGAAGGGACCUUGGAGCUCAUCUAGUCCAACCCCCUCUUCACCCAAGAGACCUGGUACUAGGGAUUCGAACCGUGCCAACGGCCGACCUUUUUGAUUGACGAGCUCAGUGUCUUAGCCACUGAGCCAUCUAGUCAGGUUGUGACGGUCGGCGCGCGUCGAAACCAGCCGGGCAUGGACAGAGCACCACGGAUUUAAAACUAGGUGCGACGUUUGCGUGUGGGAUCCGCUCGGCAAAUUUUUGGAGACACCCCCCCCCCCCCACCAAAUUGAAAAGUCUGUCGAUUGGAGCAUGUUCGGGAUGGCUGGAUCGUGGGACUCGGAUACGAAACUGGACACCAAGCUGGUCUGGAACCCGUACGAGAGCACAGCGCGCUCUGUGCAAGCCCUGGAGCUAAAGCUGGGGUCCCUGGUACUGCUCCUGUUGGUGACUUUGCUUUGUGCAUUUAUCCCCCUCUGGCUGUUCCGGAGACCGGGGUCUGCCCUCAACACUGGAAGUUUUGGCCCUCAAAGGAAAACCCUGAGCCUGGUGAGCUGUUUUGCCGGCGGCAUAUUCUUGGGGACGUGCCUUCUCGAUUUGCUUCCUAGUUAUCUAGCCAGCAUUAACGAAGCCCUGGAUGACUUGCAGGUUACGCUCCGUUUCCCUUUGCAGGAAUUCAUCCUGGCCAUGGGCUUUUUCGUAGUCCUGGUAUUGGAACAGAUUGUGCUGGCUUACAAGGACCCGUCGGGAUCCCUGGAAGAAACCGAGGCGCUCUUGAGCUCCGCUUCCCAUCAGCAUUCCUCCCUGCAGCAAGAACAGAGUUGGCCGGAAGGAUCCCAGAGGCCCCUGGCUCGGGACCGCCUGGCCGGCGAGCGCACUCACGUCCACGUGGACUUCAACGCCCACUCGGCCAUCCGCUUGGCGGUGCUUUUCCUGGCGCUCUCCCUCCACUCCAUCUUCGAAGGGCUGGCCGUGGGCCUGCAGGAAGACGGCACCCAAGCCUUGGAGAUCUGCUUGGCGCUUCUCAUCCACAAAGGCGCCAUCGCCUUCAGCCUGAGCCUCAAGCUGUUGCAAGGGAGGCUGCGUCCCCGAGUCGUGGCGAUCUGCCUGGUUAUCUUCUCCGCCAUGUCCCCGUUCGGCAUCGGGCUGGGGGUGGCUCUGACCGAGGUCCCCAUGGCGGCUCUGUCCCGCCUCUCCCGCAGCGUCCUGGAAGGCUUAGCUACGGGAACCUUCGUCUACAUCACAUUUUUGGAGAUCCUGCCCCACGAACUCGGCUCUUCCGAGCAACGUAUCCUGAAGGUCAUUGUUCUGCUGCUCGGAUUCGCCCUGGUCACCAGCGUUUUGUUCGUGAAGAUCUGAGCGGCGGCGCAAGGGCAGGGGGGGGAAAAAACAGCCCACUCCCGGACACAAUAUGCGGGAAACGUUCUCCGCCACGCCAGCAAUUUCUCCUUACGGUAGUUUGCCAAAAUAUUUUUCCUCGGUGCCCCGUUGCCAAAAAAGCUUACUCCUUUUGUUCUUGCUUAUCUCUGUCUUUAACGCGGCUGCCAGGCCUCGCCUCGAGAUAUUGAACUCCGCUGAUAUCGAAAGACAUCCUUCGAAGCUGCAAAUCCAUCCCGGAAAGGACGAGAGGAAGAUUCCCCCUCCCCCCCCGCGCGACGGAACUUCGGCUCCGUUGAAACUCGAAAUAUUUUCCACCGGGUCAUUUCGGAGCUCUGCAGUGUUGGGGGUUAGGAGUUCAAAUUUAGUGGAAAACAGGAGUGUUUAAUAAAUCGGAUUGGGAUGGGAGGGGGUGGGAAAAAGAUAUAUUUUUGGUGCCGUUCAGCUUCGGAGUGGGAAAACCACAGUGCCUUCAAUUUUUUUCCUCUAGUGCCUUAAAUGUUUGACCGACGUGGGAAAGCAAAUUAACCCAGAUUUCAAGGUUGGUUGUAGUGUUGUUUUUUUCCCCAUUUUUUGAGUUUAGGAUUCUUUCCACAUCUUUGACAAGAGUUUGAGGUUCUCCCAUCCCUGGGCAAUCCAAAUUUGUUUCCAUCCCAGCUCCUCGACUCGGCCGUCGUAGUUAAAAACUGGCUUGCUCCGAUGCCUUAAGUUUAAUUGUUUCCAAAAACAACAACGCCGGCUAAAUAUUGGGCCGAUUCGAGCGCCGGAUGGUGGCUUACAGAGAACCCGGUUAGGCAAAAGCUGCGGUAAGAACCGACACGAUGAAGAAGUCACCGAGGGCAGCUCUAAGCCGAGUCAGAGGGCGCUGCCAAAUCGUUGCCAUUUAUGGAUUUGGUUGCUUGGGUCGGGAGGGCUGGAGAAACGAGGAAGCUAAUCAGGUUGCUAGGAAAAGAACUAAAUCUGGGUUAGUCUUAACCGGUUCGCACGGUGUAUUAACAAAGCGUUUUAGGAAGUUGGGAAUCUCGGUUAGCAGACGGUGGCCCUUUCCCCAAAAUUGCAAAAAAAAAAUGCAAAGGACGGUUACAAAAACGCCUGGAAGCUUUUCCGUUUUAAAAGACGGCCUCGGACGAACGGAGGCUGGCCUCAUUAUUAUUUUUGUGUGUGUGUGGAAAGUUUCAAGAAAGCAUCUUUUGUUCUUGCUUUUCGUGCGUCGUGAACGGGGUGGGGGUGGUGGGGCAAAGGCGCAUGGGACGGUCACGUUUUUCUGCAUUUUAUUGAGUGGUGGGGAGGGGGAAAAAUAUUUAGGAGCGAAGGCCGCAAAGAAGUUCCCCUCCCUCCUUUUUACAUUUUUAAAGUUUUGAAAAGUUUUUGGUUUUUUUGUUUUCGUAGUAGCAAAGACACCUUUUUUACUUUGCCCUCUGCCCAGGGGUGCCAUUCAAAGAAGACCUUUCCAAAUUAGGUUGGUUUUUUUCCCUAGAGGUCCCGGCAUCACGACUUCCAUUGUUCCCAGCCCGUUGGGGAAGAUGGGAGAUAGAAUCCGAUGCAUCUAGGGAAAAAAAAAAGACCUGGGGGCUGUUUUCUUUUUUUUAUAGAGAGAGAUUUGCAAAUUUUGUAGCGUUCCCAGUUUUGUAAUUGGUGGUGGUGGGGAAACAGCUGUGUGCGCAUGUCAGCGUGUUUGGGCGGGUUGCGAGGAGAGACGACAACUCUGUUUGCCAAAAAAGGGAAUAAGGGUGUUGUGUGUUUGGGCGGGAAUUGAACUGACAAACUGGGACUCGGCUUAGGUUAGAGCAAUCAAAUAAAAGCAUUUUUUUAAAUUGUUAUUUUAACUACACGCA